GUUUAUUUUGAAAAAUAUUCCAUAUUUCGGACUGGGACACCAACCUUUCGAGGAUUCCCUGGGGACUGUGGGAGUUACUCAGAGCCUAAAAUCCUUAAUGACACAGAACAGCGUUUUCCAAAUUCAAAGUAGCAAAGAGAACUCAUGUCUUUCUCUCCUUCCUCCUCCUCCUCCUCUUCUUCUGUACAAACUCUACUCAAAAGUGGGUUCUCUCCAACUCUCAAAUCCAUCAACCAAUUUCUCCACUUUCUUUCAAAAUCCCACAAAUACGAAUUGAUCACUCACUUUUUCUGUCAAAUUAAUCGAAACAAGAUCAAAUGCAACCCCCAAACUCAUUCAGUUUUCACCUGUGCUCUCCUCAAACUCGACAAAUUUGAAGAAGCAGAGCAUUUUAUGAAGACCCAGAUGGAGAGAUCUUUAAAAGUUUCAGGAUUUGGCGUUUGGGAUUCUUUAAUUCGAGGUUUUAGUGUCAAUAAAAAGGACCCUGAGAAGGGUUUGUCGAUACUAAAAGAUUGCUUGAGGAAUUAUGGUAUUUUGCCUUCUUCUUUUACUUUUUGUUCACUGAUUCAUAGUUUUAGUCAUAAAAGAAAUAUGAGUGGAGCAAUUGAGGUGUUAGAGUUAAUGAAGGACGAGAAAGUUAGAUACCCUUUUAAUAAUUUUGUUUGUAGUUCAAUCAUUUAUGGGUUUUGUAGGAUAGGAAAGCCAGAACUUGCUAUUGGGUUUUUUGAAAAUGCUGUAAAGGUUGGAGCUUUAAGGCCCAAUGUUGUGACAUAUACUACACUUGUGAGUGCACUUUGUAUGUUAGGUAGAGUUAGUGAGGUCUGUGAUUUGGUUUGUAGGAUGGAGAAGAAAGGACUGGCAUUUGAUGUUGUCUUUUAUAGCAAUUGGAUUUGUGGGUAUUUUAGGGAAGGGAUGUUAAUGGAAGCGUUACGAAAGCAUGGGGAAAUGGUGGAAAAAGGAAUAAAUCUGGAUAUGGUAAGCUAUACUGCACUCAUUGAUGGUUUUUCCAAGGGAGGGAAUGUGGAGAAGGCGGUUGGUUUUCUAGACAAGAUGAUUCAAAAUGGGUCAAGACCCAAUUUGGUUACCUAUACUUCAAUUGUGAUGGGGUUUUGCCAGAAAGGAAAAAUGGAUGAGGCGUUUGCAGCAUUUAAGAUGGUUGAAGAUAUGGGAAUGGAAGUGGAUGAGUUCGUUUAUGCUGUUUUGAUUGAAGGGUUUUGUAGGGAAGGAGACUUUGAUCGUGUUUAUCAGUUGCUUCAGGACAUGGAGCUUAAGAGGAUUAGUCCAAGCAUUGUUACUUAUAAUACUUUGAUCAAUGGGUUGUGCAAGAGUGGGAGGACAUUGGAAGCAGAUGAAGUCUCAAAAAGGAUACAAGGAGAUGUAGUUACAUACAGUACAUUGUUACAUGGGUACACAGAGGAAGAGAACGGUGCAGGGAUUUUGGAAAUUAAAAGGAGGUGGGAAGAAGCUGGAGUUUGCAUGGAUAUUGUAAUGUGUAACAUACUUAUCAAAGCACUUUUUAUGGUUGGUGCAUUUGAAGAUGUGUAUGCACUGUACAAAGGAAUGAAAGAAAUGGAUUUGGUUGCAGAUUCAGUUACUUAUUGUACAUUGAUCGAUGGAUAUUGUAAAUCCAGUAGAAUUGAUGAAGCACUUGAGAUAUUUGAUGAGUUUAGGAAGACGUCAGCUUCUUCAGUUGCAUGCUACAAUUGUAUGAUUAAUGGGCUGUGCAAGAAUGGUAUGGUGGAUGUGGCCACAGAGGUAUUCAUUGAACUCAGUGAGAAAGGUUUGACUUUUGAUGUGGGCAUCUAUAUGACUUUAAUCAAGGCAAUAGCUAAAGCAGAAAGCAUGGAGGGAGUUUUGAAUCUAAUUUAUAGAAUUGAGAAUCUGGGAUUGGACAUUUAUGACACUCUAUGCAAUGACACAAUCAGUUUUCUGUGCAAGCAGAAAUGUCCCCUGGCUGCAACUGAAGUGUGCAUGGUGCUCAGGAAGAAUCAGUUGAUUGUUACAUGUACGUCUUACUAUUCAGUUUUGAAAGGGCUUAUUGAUGAUGGAAAAAUAUGGCUGAGUAAGCUCUUAAUAGGAAGUUUUAUGAAAGACUAUGGCAUUUCAGAACCUAAAUUAAGUAAGAUACUGCUGCAUUACCUCAGUCUGAAAGACAUUAACAGUGCACUUUGUUUUCUGAGUAAGAUGAAGGAGAAUGAUUCAUCUGUCACUUUUCCUGUUUGUGCUUUAAAAGUACUUAUGAAAACUGGUAGAUUUUUGGCUGCCUAUGAACUUGUCAUGGGAGCUAAACAUAAUCUACCAGUUAUGGAUGUGGUUGAUUACUCUAUCAUUGUUGAUGGCCUUUGCAAAGGAGGGUAUCCUGUCAAGGCUUUAGAUCUCUGUGCUUUUGUUGAAAAGAUGGGUGUAAUUUUUAACAUAAUAACUUAUAAUUCAGUCAUAAACGGACUGUGCCGACAGGGUUGUCUUGUUGAAGCAUUUCGGCUGUUCGAUUCAUUAGAGAAAAUCAACUUGAUUCCCUCAGAAAUAACAUAUGCGACACUCAUUGACAACUUAUGUAAAGAAGGAUAUUUGGUGGAUGCCAAGAAAUUACUUGAGAGGAUGCUCCUCAAGGGCUAUAAAGGAAACACACGCAUCUAUAACUCAUUCAUUCACGGUUACUGCAAGUUUGGACAACUAGAGAAAGCCUUGAAGAUUCUGGAUCAUAUGGAGAUCAAAUACCUUGUUCCUGAUCAAUUUACUGUCAGUUCUGUGAUUUAUGGUUUUUGUCAAAAGGGUGACAUGGAAGGGGCUCUAGGAUUUUAUUUUGAACACAAGGGGAAAGGUAUAUCCCCUGAUUUCUUGGGUUUUCUGCGUUUGAUAAGAGGCCUUUGUGCAAAGGGGAGGAUGGAAGAGGCCAGGAGCAUUUUAAGAGAAAUGCUUCAGUCACAAUCUGUUAAGGAGCUUAUAAACAGAGUCAACACAGAGGUGGAAACAGAAUCAAUAGAAAGUAUUCUUGUCUUUUUAUGUGAGCAGGGAAGUAUCAAGGAAGCAGUUACUGUACUUAAUGAAGUUAGCUCUGUGUUUUUUCCUGUUGAAAAGUGGUUUAGCCCUUUUCAUGAAUCUCAAGAACUGCUGCCACUUUCAGAGUUGAAUGGUUUUAGUAGUGUUUCUUCCAGCACUGUAUCUUCUUGUGAAAGAAAUGAUUUGGAUUUGGCAUCUGUGAAUAAAGUAGAUAACAUGGUGGAGAACCCUGGUGAUUUGAAGAGGUUUUCUCAAUGUAAUUUCUUUGACUCUUAUUACUCUCUUAUCGCACCACUCUGCUUGAAAGGGGAGCUACGGGAGGCUAAUAUAUUAGCAAAGGAGAUGCUUGCUAGUUUGGAUGGAGAUUGUUAAUGGAUUACACAUUGUUUGGUUCCACCAAGUUCACAGUUUCUUCCUCCCAUGCAGAACAUGUAACCUCCCUAUUACAAAUUUCAGGUUGAGUUUGGCUCCUUUCUAUCCAUUUAUGGUUUGCUUCUUCUUCUUCUUUUUCCACGUGUGCGGAUUUGAAUAUUUGUGUUUCUUCUCUCCUCCUGUCGUAUCAAUAAGUCUUAUCUUCUGUUAUAAUAGGCAUUCCAAUAAAAUCAACAUUAAAGUGUUUUUGAACUCGUUGCAUCUGGGUUACUCAGAAGAUUAUAUAAGGUUGAGUCUAAUUCAUCUUGUGAAAUUCAACUAGAUCAGCCAACUAGCACGUAUUUUUUAUUGAAAACCAAAUGUUUUAAAUUUUGGGUUUUGCAUGUCCCCAUUUGUAAGCUUUUUAUAUUUUCAGCUACGUCCUUGUAUUAUAGUCCUCCAUACAUGACAUGAGGAACCCAUUUCUUUGGCUCGAGGCAUUUGAAGGAGCCAACUUCUAUCUUGCAUUGCUUAUAUAUAUAUAUAUAUAUAUAUAUAUAUAUAUAUAUAUAUAUAACUACCUCUUGCAAUCCUUUCAUAGCUGCUCUUGGCUGGGUUUGCGCUUUCCACCAUCCCCUCCCUUUGACUCUCUGUCACCUUAAGUCGUAAUAUUGUGAAGAUUGUUGUUCUCUUUUUGUUACAAUUGUUUCAAAACUUUCCUGUUUUCUUUUUGCAUUUAUGCUCUUUAAAGAUAAGCCUUCUGGUGUGAAAUUAAAUUAAUAAUACAAGGUAUUAGAACUCAUUUAAGUUGUUCUGCUUUUGGGAACAAUUUAGGAGUUCAACUGAAACAAUGUAUAUGAAAUAUUAAAUGAGAAUACUUCAGAGUAGACAAAUGACAAUGACUGUGAUUGGUCUUAUGGUUUAAUAAAAUGCCUCAUUUUUCUGGCCUUGAAACUGUGGUUUCAGGGGUUUAGUAAGCAUAAUGGGCAAGCAUUUACUUUAUAUUUUUGAAGGAAGAAACGAUUACUGGGUGCUUUUAAAAGUUGCUUCCAAGGAUGUAGGUUUGUAAAUACUUUUCCACCAAAUUCCCUAAGCAUGGAAUGGUGAGGCUAGGAAAUUGAAUGAAUGAAGCAGCAUCACUCGCUUCAGCAAUCUCAUAUUGUUUAAGGAUGUCUUGAUGGGAUUGCUUUUCGUUGAGGUGAUUCUGGGAGGCUGGACUUUCGUGUUCUGGAAUGGUUCAACAGCGCUUGCAUGAGCUGAAGAUGGAUUUAAUACAGGCGUAGCAGGGAUCUUUCCUAUUUCAUUGGCCCUAUCUGUCCUAAUUGCCAUGGAGACCAUAGUGCCUGUCAAUCCAACAUGCUUGGGGUUUUGAAUUUUAUCAUUUCGCAUCUUAUGAUGAAAAUCAGCAGGGUUUAGGUUCUCUCUAUAACUUGCUUUCUUCUAUGGCUGUAAUGUAACCUCCUUUUUUUAUGGUUUUUCUUGGUGGUGUUGCCUCUAACGUCCAAAAUUGCUAGAUAGAAUCGGAGAGGGUUCUGCUCUUACACUUGUGAUGGUUUGUGAAAAUUGGCAGGGACACUCCAAUGUUUCUUCUGCAAAGCUAGGAUGAGUCCGUAUAAAAAGAUGCAUUGCAUGAGGGGAUCAAGAGAUGUUAUUCCGAUCCACACAGCGGGGUGUCUAGCAACAAAGUUUGGAUAUUUAGGCGUCUGAGUUGGCUGCUGGCACAACAAGGUGGUGCCUUUCUGCAUGGCGUCUUCUGGCAAUGUUUCUGUGUUGGUUUUCCAGGAAUGUAAUCUUCUGCAUUCAAUAUCAGAAAUAUAUUCUUGUGAUCAUAGUUCCGAAACCUGGCCAAAUCAGAUAAUGUAAAUUAUAGUUUUUGUGAUCAUAGUUCGGCAUUCAAUAUGAGAUAAUGUACAUUAUAAACCGUAAUCAAUAUAUUUUAGUCAUUAUAGGGAUUCUAAAAUAAAUAGAAUCCUUAGAUCA